UUAAAACUAAUUAAGCACAAAUUAAAAUUUUGCCCGCAAGUAUACGGCCAUAUUGCCGAUGACGUCACAAUUGAAAAUGCUAUAUUCUGAUUGUCAACGUGUUUGUCAGAGGGCGAUUUUAGGGCGAACACCACAUGGAUUCAUUGUAAGAUAUAUUAUAUUGUGAUUUAACCAGAAAUUCAUUGUUUAAUCUCAUUGGUUGAUUAGUUCAAUAGAAAUCCAACUCAAGAAGAAAGAUUGUAUUAUCUUUUUCUAAAUCUAUUUGAAACUUAAAAACAAAGCAGUUUUACCUGAACUAAUGCAAAAUUUAAGUUAUAAUAGGAUUGUUUUGAAAUGUCGUAUACUGAACUUGAACAUGGAUAUCAGGGGCUUAAGAAUGCAACAAAUCAACCUAUCUUUUAUGUAGGAGAAGUAGGUCCUUUGCAACAGGGUUUUGCUGGUCCAACGUCUUCCUUGUGUAGAUCUUCUAAUAGAAUUGGUGAAAUUCCACCAUCAACACUACGGCGCUGGAAUCGACUGCAACAAUUAUUGCCGAUUCAACCAGAAGCAGACAUUGAGGCGGAUGAUCAAAUUCGAGAUGAAAUAAGAUACAUGGAUUAUGAUGAGGGUGAACUAAUAAAUGCCUGUAAUAGCGAGGAUGGAUUGUCGACUAAUAAUGAGCUUUCUGGUGAAGGAAAACAAGUUUUGGUGGGAAUAUGUGCCAUGGCAAAAAAAUCACAAAGUAAACCAAUGAAAGAAAUUCUUACACGUCUCGAAGAAUUUGAGUAUAUCAAAAUCAUCGUUUUUACUGAAGAAGUUAUUUUGAAAGAGCCUGUAGAAGAUUGGCCUGUAGUAGAUUGUUUAAUUAGUUUUCACAGUAAAGGAUUUCCUUUAGAUAAAGCUAUUCAAUAUGCUAACUUGCGAAACCCUUUUAUUAUUAACAAUCUUCCUAUGCAAUAUGAUAUUCAGGAUCGAAGGAGGGUAUAUGCUAUUUUAGAAAAUGAAGGUAUUGAAAUACCGAGAUAUGCUGUUCUAGACAGAGAUUCCGCUAAUCCGAAACAUCAUGAACUAGUUGAAUCCGAAGAUCACGUAGAAGUUAACGGAGUUACAUUUAAUAAGCCUUUUGUCGAGAAACCAGUAUCUGCGGAAGAUCAUAACAUCUAUAUUUACUACCCAACUUCCGCCGGUGGAGGAAGUCAACGACUUUUUAGAAAGAUUGGGAGCCGUAGUAGUGUGUAUUCUCCAGAGUCACGGGUACGAAAAACUGGGUCUUACAUCUAUGAGGACUUCAUGCCAACUGAUGGGACAGAUGUCAAAGUAUACACUGUAGGACCCGAUUACGCACAUGCCGAAGCUAGGAAAAGUCCAGCCUUGGAUGGAAAAGUUGAAAGAGAUUCUGAAGGCAAGGAAAUACGGUACCCCGUAAUAUUAAGUAAUGCUGAAAAACUCAUCAGUAGAAAAGUUUGUCUUGCCUUCAAACAGACGGUCUGCGGAUUCGAUUUACUCAGAGCCAAUGGUCAAUCAUUUGUGUGCGAUGUUAAUGGAUUUAGUUUUGUAAAAAACUCAAAUAAGUAUUACGAUGAUUGUGCCAAGAUACUUGGUAAUAUGAUUUUAAGAAAGCUAGCUCCAACUUUGCAUAUUCCAUGGAGCGUACCUUUCCAGUUAGAUGAUCCACCUAUUGUACCUACUACUUUUGGAAAAAUGAUGGAAUUACGAUGCGUUGUUGCUGUCAUAAGACAUGGGGAUCGCACGCCUAAGCAGAAAAUGAAAGUAGAAGUCCGCCAUCCAAAAUUUUUCGAAAUAUUUGCAAAGUAUGAUGGCUAUAAGCAUGGUCACGUAAAACUCAAAAGACCCAAGCAAUUACAAGAGAUCUUGGAUACGGCACGAAGUCUUUUAACGGAAAUUCAGCACCGUGCUGCUGGACCGGAAUUGGAAGAAAAGCAAGGAAAACUUGAGCAAUUGAAAAGUGUUUUGGAAAUGUACGGUCAUUUUUCAGGAAUAAAUCGUAAAGUACAAAUGAAGUAUCAACCUCGUGGAAGACCACGAGGAAGCUCUUCUGAUGAUGGCAAUAGUAACAAUCAUUCUGGCGAUCCAUCUUUAGUUUUAAUAUUGAAGUGGGGUGGUGAACUUACUCCUGCAGGUAGAAUUCAGGCUGAAGAGUUAGGUAGAAUAUUCCGUUGCAUGUAUCCUGGCGGUCAAGGUAGACAUCUUAGUGGUGACUAUGCAGGAGCACAAGGACUAGGUUUGUUGAGACUCCAUUCUACUUUUCGUCAUGAUCUCAAGAUUUAUGCGAGUGAUGAGGGUAGGGUACAAAUGACCGCAGCAGCAUUUGCAAAAGGCUUACUAGCACUUGAAGGAGAACUGACUCCAAUACUAGUGCAAAUGGUAAAAAGUGCUAAUACGAACGGAUUAUUGGACAAUGAUUGUGACAGCAGCAAGUACCAAAAUAUGGUUAAGAAUCGUUUACAUGAAUUACUGCAGCAAGAUCGAGAAUUUUUAAAAGUUGACAAAGAACAGAUAAAUCCAACCAAUGCUUUGAGUAUAAAUGCUGCUUUGGAUUUCGUAAAAAAUCCAGUGAGGUGCUGUCAACACGUACAUUUAUUGAUUCAAAAGUUGAUGGAUAUUGUUAGGAUUAAAAAAGACGAUCCUAAAACUAAAGGUGUAAUCACUCUACGAUCGAGCAAGUAAACAAAUUAGUAUUUGUUGCGAGGAAAGCCAUCGAAGAUAAACAGCACUGCACUGGUAUAUUCCUGAGUGUUACACAAGCUUUCGACAAGGUUUGGCAUGAAGGGCUGCUUCAUAAGCUGAAGACUUUUUUUCCGGUACCCCACUAAAAAUUGUUGCAGUCAUAUCUACAA